AGAUGCUCGUAUCUCACGCUCGCGGCCGCGGGCACGACUCGGCAUGAUGAUUCCGCUGCUGGUGCUGCUGGUUGCGCUCCCGUGGGCAGAUCUCGACGUUUGGCGUGUUCCGUCUCCCAGACGUGUUGCUGCUGCCACACGCAAGAGCAGAACGGCGGCAAUUUGUUCAUGAGAUGAAUGCCAACCAAUAUCGAGAUCCGAUAGCCACGGCUAAGAGGGCUUCAAGGACACUGUGAGGCAUCUGCGUUUUUGCCAAAGCCCCGGAAUCUGAAGGUUGACAUCGUGAAUUUCUACACUGACUUGACGUGGGAGUCAGGCGUGAAUACACCUGAAGGGACUCAAUACAUCGUGCAGUACAGAACCAAUAACAUGUGGUCACACGUCAUUGACUGCUCUAAUGUUACAUCGACGCACUGCAAUCUAACAAAAGAAACAGCUAAUAGCUAUGAGGACCGGUACUUCAUCCGAUUACGUGCCGUGCAUUCCACUGGAGUCUCUGAAUGGAUAAACAAAACAAUAAUCCCACUCUCUCAGUUUGCCAUCGGUGACCCAGAAAUGUACAUGAAUCUUUCUGAGAAUGGCGUAAAUGUGUUCGCAAUUCUACCGCGAACACCAAUUUUUAAACGUGGCAAGCAACAAUCGAUCGACGAUUUGUUUCCUUUCCGCAUGCUGUACAAGUACUCGUUGGGGUCUAGUGAGCACGAGGCUAGUUCGAGUGACGACUCGUUCUUUAUGCGUCUGGGAAAGGGUGUUCAGUUUUGCGCACAGGCCAAGGUGAAAUUGUCGAAUUUCAAUAUAGAGAGCAACUGGUCGAAAGAAACCUGCAUCAAGACUGACAGCGAUCUUUUCUGGAUACUCAUCAUAGUAUUCACUUUACUCAUUCUAACUUUCUGUUUAAUCGGAUUAAGCAUGUGUAAAGUGUACAAGUACCUUUACACUUUCAAAAAAGGAACUCCAAUGACUCUGGACGGCGUGUGGGACUAUAAUGUCUCUAAGGAAAAUCCCAACUCCGCCUACAGCGGGUCGUCUGACGGUGGUGGCCUCGAUGGAAUAACAAUCGACUACAACCAGAAUUCCCCUGGGGAUUCUGGGGACUUAAACCAGUUGUUUUCAAUUAAAAUUGACGGUGAAGACGUAUUUAACACGGAUGACAUUUCUUUACGAAGCGACGAUGCCAGAAAUACAACCUACUCUUCCAUGUCUCCCAUGUGCCGUGAAAACGGCAGCAGCCACACAUGUGUAAACCAUGUGUUUGAUGACCUACUUCGACAACAGGAUACUCCUUGUGAAAGUGAAUUCAACGUUAUCCAGAGAGAUAAGUCCUUGCAACGCCAGCAGUACUGUCAGUCCAAGCCUUUGCUUGACAACACAGAAACACUGUUGUCCAAAGCAGAGCAGUCGGAUAUGGCAUACACAUGUCAGUAUGUGCAGAGUGUCCAUCCGUACAUGUCGCAAUAGCCACAUCGAGCAAUAAUUUGGCAAGAAUUAUGUUUAAAAUUGGCUGCCAAUCUUUCAUCAGGGUUUGAGCAUCAGCCAUUAUUAUUUAUAGUGAUAUGUCCUUCCUUAGCCUGUUUUUUAUAUAUAUAACAUUUACGCUUCUUAAUUUAUGGAUUGCCAGGGGAGAGUGGCAAGUGACUAGCGUCUAAAUCAAUCCGUGAUAGAUUUUUUGAUUAUAGGGCGACAAUUUACCUACACCGAAUGGAGCAAAUCUGACAUGAAGAUCAAUGUUAUUUUAUUUUGUAAUUAAAUGAUCUCAACUGUGUGUAAUUUACCUUGGUCUGUCUCUCUUUUGCGUGUCUAUCUGCAGCUCCGCUUUCCUAUCUGUGCCUCCAUUUGUCUCUCUCCAGCCUCUUUUGUCUCUAGCCUCUCCGCCUUGCAGAGAGGCCCCCUGAGCGCACUGCAAGAUGCGCCUCUGAGCGGCCACGCACAAUCGCACGUGAUUGUGUGUGACGUCACCAAGCACUGCCCUCCCCCCAGCACAAAGAUCCCCCGUGUCGCCUGAACAGACUGUUGGGGCAAGUGCUGGUAGCGAGUAGCAGCACCUGUGAAGGCCGGCACUGUGCACGAGGGGGUAUGUGGUCGGAACCACGCCUGGCCGCCUUUGUUUCCCUAGUGGUGACGUUUACACACCGCACUAGGUACUCAUUUGAGGCUGAGUCGACCUAGACGAUGCCCAGGUCCCAUUCAGAUAAUCAUCGUCACUGGUGUUGAUCAUGAGCGGGAAUUUAACUUUGGUCGCCAGGUUGGUAGCGCAGCGAGCCAACCGCUUCGUUAUCGCUCCCCCCAACGCCCCACUACAAACCACCACAAAGCACCACACAUGUCACGCACACCUGGGUGUAAGCCCGGCACAAUCGCCCCGACAUCAGACCUCUCCCCCAUGGGUAUUCUUCCCCAGGAAGCCUCGGGGUGACCUCAGCCAAGUUGUUGCCCAAGGGAGGAGAGAAUUGGCCCAAGUGUAAGGUGCAGAGGGCAGGCAUACACAGGUGCCCACCUCCAGGUGAGCGCGGGUGAGGGGGGGGGCAUUUCCCCCUCCCCGUAGACGCGGAUCCAAUACGAGACACGGGCCCCUAUGAUAUGUGUAUGUAUUUAUGUUGAACUUCUUUCGCACCGUACGUAGCCAACCAUGCCAAUCGUAGAUGCGGGCGAAGGACAACAAACUUUCACAAAAAAGCAGCUGUCAAGAAAUGAGUGUCAAUCUGGACGAUGAGUUAUAAGUGCGUAGCUCCAAGUGGCUUCCUAUUAUCGCAAGGAAGAGCAUUCCAGAUGGCCGCAGAAGCGCAUCCGAAAGCGCACGCGCGAUCCGGUGACCGUCUUUGUCCGAUGGCCAGCCGUAAGCCGCUGCGAGGAUGACCGGAGUAUCGCGUGAUGGUUUAUGCGGCGUACACUGAGACGCGGGCAGCGCAAGAACAAAACGUGUUCGGGUCGCGGCUUAGGAGCAGAAUAGGCCGUCGGCAUCAUCAUCAUAAUCACCACCAUCAUGCGUAGCAGCGCGGCUUUCAUCAGCACGUCCGCACCAGGGUUCACGUUCUGUGUUGCGAACGCAGAAUGCGAGCUGAUCAACCCGUGAACACGCGUGUGUCUCCGCGUGCGUGUGGGUUGUGGGUCGCUUAGCUUCGAGCGAUAAAGUGCGUCGGGCAUAAGCACGGUGCCAGCUUCAUUUCAACCCCCCCACCCAACCCAUCAUCGGUGGACUGCGUGGUUCUCAGGCGAGCUUCCUGGAACCCUAAGCGCCCACGGACCUGCACACGUGGUUUUUUGCACAGCGCUUUGGGGGAACGGGCGGAUGGGGAAGUGUGCAUGCCUUUGCGGUGGGAGUGUGGGAGCGUGCGAGAGGCUGCUCGCGAAGCCAGCUGUGGUCAACAGCCCAAGGGCGGGACUCGCCUCGCACCACAUCGGCCAACCUCCCUACGGUCGGAAAUUGCCCCGCGCAGCUUUUUGCGUAGCCACAGCCCACAGGGGCCAAUCGCGUAGGAAGUGGCUGUUAGUCAGCCAGCCUCGCCCACAGCGGGGUCUCUCCAGGUCAAGCGGCCUCGAGUUGACCCCGCAGCCGUAGGGGGAGUUGGACUCCCGUCCCCCGUGAUAGCGUCCUCAGACGGCAGAGUCUUGAACCCCCCCGCUUCCUACCCCCAGGGACGGCGAGCUCACUGGCACGUGACGAGCCUUCCAGCCCCCCCCCCCUCCCCUAGAGUGGCGAAGUUCAUUGCGCCACGUGUUGCGAGGGACGUGCUUGAAUACCGUGGCAGUAAAUUACGCUUUUUUGAAUGGAAAAACUCGACGCAUUUGUAAAUGACACCGUGGGUCUUAAAAGUACGUUCUAUAUCGUACGCCACGUAUUGGCCAGUGGACGGUCAUAGCACACAGAGAGGCCACAGAGAGAGAGAUUGAAUCAAUACUUGGAGACGACUUUACACCUUGGGGCCCUGAGAAUAAUUACAUUUAAAAAAUGUUUCCUGAUUAACAGUUUUUCACUAACAUAUGCAUAGUUACCUUCAUAAUCAACGUUUUUGGGUUUAGAUCGCGUUAUUUAUAAAUGUGUCGUAACCCUCCACCACCCGACACGGCCAAUCAGUAAAAAUGUGUCACGUUGACAAAGACAAAUAGUUCACUGCUUUAGCCCACCGGUGUGUUGAAGACACAACAUUUACAAUUUGAGUACGACGUUUCGCUGGUAAUUGCAUCCAGCAUCAUCGGGCAAUUCGCCAGAAUGGUGAGGCUCUGCUGUGUCUCCCGUUCUUAUAUAGUUACCUAUUAGUAGAUAUUGAGUAGCAAACACUUAAUUAAUAAAUCAUGUAUUACGUAUACAUAAACUUAAGUAAAAUAGUAAAUAUUACUGACACAUUGUAUUAUGGGUAGCUCAGUUGUAGUUUCGUAUCUUAUUGAAAAGAGGCUCAUUAUCUACUUAGUGACUCAUUUAUUAAUAAAAUAAAGCUUUCAAUAAAUAUUUAAAUUCCUGAAGCUUGCAAGCAGGGUAUGGGAAUUUACGGAGACAAUUUAAAACUACUGCUGCAGCAGCAGUAACUGCAGCUCCCUUUGAUGCUGUUAAUCCUGCAUAAUGCACAUGCAUAUGCAGUACUAAUCACAUUCCUGCAUUUCCCAUAAAUAUGCUAAAUUCCUUUUGAUAUGCAAAUUCCUUUGUCAAUGCGCCCAGCUUAUAUAUAUGCUCCAAGCUCGUGUGCUGUUUCAUUCAGACUCUGUCGCCUCGACGGACCUGGUUUUCACCUGAGGACGGCUGCUUGCGUUGUGGCCGAAACGUCGUGAGAAUUGUUUUAUUAUGUUUUAUUUUUAUUAUUUUAUUACUUCCCUUCUACGUGACUUUACCGAAAGAACCAAGAAAAUUUAAAACUAGUUUUACUUGAGAAUCGUUUUAGCACUGUCCAAUUUUACCGGACAGUAAGUGCUAAAAUCAGGUACUGUACACAAUAUUUGAAACUAAAGACGGAUAGCACUCAAGAAUAAAUGUGUGUUUUAAGUGAAGGUGAGCCGUUCAGUCAGCAGUCUUGCUGGCUGAACGGCAUUCAGUUUGCACAUGUGGUGACCUGUCCUUUUCCCUUGGCCUCAUUUCCACCAAAGGUAAAGACGAGGCCAUGGACUGACCGAUAGGUCAGGGGAUAGUUUCAUUUUCCUGCUCCAGUGUUCAAACAGGCCGUUCGCUCUCUCUCUCGCUCGCUUUGUGUAUCUCGCCGGCUUGUACAAUGCAGACAUAUGUUUCUUAAAACUGCACGGCGGCUCCUCUUCCACCCCUGCUCCACUUUGACAACAACAAAAAGGCCGAGAGCCGGUCAACCCCAUUGGGAGUUACGUAGAAUUAAAAAUAAAAUAAAAAUCACCAAAUCCUAAUGUGACAUCUUUAUUAAGAAAAAAAAGAUACAAUUAUUGGAAUAAAGAAGUUGGUGAUGCUCGAGGUGGCGAUUUGUGUUGAGCGUGGUGAGUUAACUUUGGUUCGAAACUUCGACCGGGAUUCUGCAUCUGAACAGCCGGUCAGAGCCAGGAGGGAGAGAGAGUCACCUCUUUUGGUGCAUAUGCAACAAGUCGUGCCUUGCAGUCAUCGACGGAACGGCGUAAAUCGUUUUUAGUGCGGACGUCAGUUUUGUACUGAAGAUGACGAAAGCCUGGUGGAGAUUGUCCAAUUCUCUUGAGCAAAACGAAGAGGCGAAGACGAAAGAGAAAUGAUAGCAGAGAAGUAAGGCCAUGAAUAGUUUUGAAAACUCAGAGAAGUAAAUCAUCAUCAUCAGCUAUCAUCAAUCCACUGCUGGAUGAAUGCCUCGCCCUGCCGCGUGAUGCAGCGACCCAUCCCGCGCAGUGGUCCGCGAUGCGCCUCUGCGCCGCGCCGCGCUUGGUCCGGACAAUAAUGACAACGUGUAUGAUGACUUUUGUUUCGGACAUUAAUGACUAUUUUACUUGUGAUAUUUAAUUUCUAAGUAAGUUAGGUUAACUACCCUGAUUAAACUACCAUAACCUUAAGAUGUCAAUCCCCUCCUCUCCCCUAAAAAAACCCUUAAUGCUGCGUUAAAAUAUUUUUGAUAUAUUCCGGUAAUAUGAAUGAUUUUGUAUUCGUGGUAUUUAGAGAGAGGGAGAAGGGAAUGUGUUUUGUCGCCAGGAGUGGUAGGCUGGCUGGGUGGUCCGCAGAAACGUUUGCAUCAGGCUGAGUGGUCCACAGGCCAAACAAGUUUGGGAAAACGCCACUCGAGCACCUACGCUCGGGGUCACACAAACAGCAGGGAACCAGAGGAAUUACCUCAAAACCCAGUUGGGUUUUACCCAUCCUUCGAAAAAAGUCACAAACAAAAAACCGGGAACAAGAGGAUACAUAUGCACUGGUGUGUAUUAUUAUGCAUAGUUGCAUACCAUGUCGUCAAGUACAUUGCUGUGUACGCACAUUCGCAUCGUAACGUGGACUGAUUAUUUGUGCAUUGUUGUUUAAUUUAAACAAUUGUCAUGAAAAAUAACCAAGUGGGGCCCGUUUGCACGUUGGUUGAACCCCCUCUCUGUCAUCGUGAUCACAGACAAUCUGGGGGUGGGGAGUGGAUUCCUGCAAGGUACGCGACUGUAGUGCUGCAUUUUCUUGGUUCUUUCGGUAAAGUCACG